AUGCUCUUAAAGUCCACAUUUUUUAAUACUCAUAUUUUGGUGUUUGUUCAGGCCGAAGUGCAGCAAAGUUCAGCUCCUCAGCAAUCGUUUAGCAACUCCGAGCAUUACAUAGAACAGUUCUUAUGGUCGGGUCAAAACGACAUGGAGGAUCCUGAGUUGCAGCGGGUGUGCUCGAAGUGGUGCGGCGGAGCGCAGCGGUUAGGAUCGAUUAGGGACCCUUGUCAACACCAAUCGGCAAUCGUCGAAGAUGAUCCGCUUGAAACAACAGGAGAGGUUGGCCAAGGACUAGGCAUUCAACAGUCGUCCACCAUUUGGAAAGAAAUUGGAAUGGUGAAAAAGUUGAACAACAAGAACCAUCCAUUUCUCGAUCGUAUUGUUACGUGCAAUGAGAAAUGGAUCCUUUGCGGCAACAGGAAGCAUCCUUCUCAACUGAUGGACAAGGACGAAGCUCCCAAGCACUUCCUGAAACCGAAAAUGCAUCCGAAGAAGACCAUGACUGUGAUUGUGUGGUGGUGUGCUGCAGGCAAUCCACUACAGCCUCAUGAAACCUGGGCUACUGAUGUCGAUCCAUACACAUUUUGUAUGUCGAAUAGUUCGUUAUCCUCAUUGUCCGAAUCGGAACACGAUAAAUGA